AUGACUCUGUUUCUGUGCAUCCUAGUGGCUAACAUCGUUAUCCCGGCAUCCACAAUAUACGCACGAAAUCCAUCCAUGGCAUCAGCUGUUGGGCGAAUCGAUGACGAAAGAUUGCUCGCAAAGUUUAACGAAAUGUCGAAUCAGUUCUCGGUGCUGCAACAGGACGUACAGGAUCAGCGGAAAGAGAUUGUUAAAAUACGUGAUGAAUUUGUGCAACUGCUUAAUAAAUCUCAGGAAGAGAUUGUUCGCAAGCUCAUUUACGACAUUAACAGCAAACCCAGCCUCUCCCAGGAGCUACAGAAAACGCAACACCAGGUUCUAACCAAUCUAUCACGGUUGCAAAAUACGAUAACGGAAAUGGUUGAUAGGCACAACAGCGGCGAGCAUUGGUUUCAAUCGUGCAAAAAAACUCCUCUCAAAAUAUCCGGAAAAUACCAAAUACGCAUUCCCGGUGAAGCGACACCGGUUGUGGUAUAUUGCGAACAAGAUGCAUUUAGUGGCGGCUGGUUGGUGAUAGAGCAUCGAUUCGAAGGAACUGUUAGUUUUGAUCGCAACUGGAUCGAGUACCGGAAUGGCUUCGGUAGGGUUGGGCACGAGUUUUGGCUCGGAUUGGAGCGAAUCCAUCAGCUAACUACAACACGUGACUGCGAGCUGCUGGUGGUACUAAAGGAUUUCGAAGGCAAUUUCAAGUACGCUCGCUUUGGGUUAUUUACGAUUGGCAGUGAGGCAGAGCAGUACCGGCUAAAAGCUCUAGGCGCAUAUAGCGGAACUGCAGGUGAUGCCCUGGAAUACCAUAAAGGAAUGAUGUUUUCAACGAAAGAUCGUGACAAUGAUAUCUAUGAUGAGGAUUGUUGCGCAAGCAGAUUUCAUGGCGGUUGGUGGUUCAAAACCUGCUACAUUUCGCAUCUGAAUGGACCAUAUCGAAAUACCAAUGGAAAGGGAAUCGCUAAGAUGGAUUGGCUCAAUUUUACCAAUGAGUGGGACGGAUUAAGCUAUUCUAGCAUGAUGAUUCGUGAAUUGCAUUGA